UCAUGGCUUCUCUGAGAAGAAGUCAUUCAAAACCCUAGCUCGAGCUGGAGCUUCUCUAAUGAUCUCUCGUUUCUUCUUCUCCUCCUCCUUAUCUCCUUCCUCCUUCCUCAAUUCAAUGAAAAUCCCUGAUCCAUUUCCUCUUCUCAAUGGAGUAGUAUCAUUGGCUGAGACACUGAAAACAGUGGCUUUUCCUGAAGGGCUUUGCUUCCACAGUGGUCUCCCGUUUUUCAUCGAAGAUGAUGAGUACUUAUAACUGUUUUUAUCAGAGCACCGAAAGGAGGAUUGAAUGUCAUCGGCAGGAGAAUUACAGAAGUCUUAGUUCUUUUUUAGAGAAGAAAUGGAGAAUGUUAUAGUUUUGGUGAAAGAUGAAGAGGAGGAAGAAGAAGAAGAAGAAGUGACUCCAGUGGUGCCGCAGCCAAUGCCGAGGUUACAUGAUGCUGGUCCACCGCCAUUUCUCACGAAGACGUUCGAAAUGGUCGAAGAUCCAAUGACGGACUCUGUCGUGUCAUGGAGCCGAGGGCGGAACAGUUUCGUCGUCUGGGACUCGCAGAAAUUCGCUACCUCUCUUUUGCCUAAAUAUUUCAAGCAUAAUAAUUUCUCCAGCUUCAUUCGGCAACUUAACACAUAUGGAUUCAGAAAAGUCGACCCAGAUCGAUGGGAAUUCGCGAAUGAAGAAUUCUUAGGAGGGCAAAGACAUCUGCUGAAGAACAUCAAGCGACGGAGAAACAUUGGUCAGAGUAGCCAAAGCUCGCCGUUUGCGCACCAAGUUUCAGAAGCCUGCAUCGAAGUUGGCUGUUUCGGGGUCGAUACUGAAGUUGAAAGGCUUAAAAGAGACCGAAAGGCAUUGAUGGUAGAAAUACUGAAACUGAAGCAACAGCAACAGAGGUCAAGAGCUCAGAUACUGGAAAUGGAGGAGAGAAUAAGAGGCACUGAAAAGAAACAGCACCAAACAAUGGUCAUUCUUAGCAAGAGCACUCAACAACCCAAUGCUUCUUGAUCAACUUAGGAUUAGCAAUGAACAUAGGGUGAAGAAACAGUUAGAUAGUCCCUGGUAAGAAGAGAAGAUUGCCUGCAAAUCUGGGUUUUGAACAAAAUAUGGAAGAAGAGAUGGAAGACUUGUUUUUCAAGAAUGGAGAAUGAAGAGGAAGGGAGUGGUAUUGGAUUGAGUAGGGAGAGUGAUGCAUUGUUGGAGGAGUUAUUGAAUGAGAGUUUUGCCGGAGAGAUGCCGGAGGAGGUGAAGGAGGAGUUCGGUGAGGAUGUGGAGGACUUGGUUGAGCAAUUGGGUUUUCUUAGACUCAAUGCCUUGAUGAAGUACUUUUCUGGAGACAAACAUGAAGAUGGUAUGAGCUCUGUUUGUUUGUUUGUAUGUGUUUCUUGAAUAAAUUUGAGAGCACUUUAGAGUGUUGUGCGCUUUGAUUACGCGCGUAUGUUUGUUUCCUUUGUAGGCUGUGGGUUUUUUUUUAGAUUAAACUAACUGAUUAGCAAGAUUAAUUUAUGGCAUUUCUAUAUA